UGCUUCCAGGUUACCUAUCAACUAAAAAUCCUCACAACCGCUUUUUUUGCGGUCGUGAUUCUAAGAAAAUCGCUGCGAAAGUUGCAGUGGUCAGCACUAGUUUUGCUCCUCCUGGGAGUAAUUCUCGUCCAAUUAGCUCAAAGCGGUCCGCAAAAGGUGCCAUCCGGAAUCGAGCAAAAUCGACUUCUAGGAUUUGGUGCCGCUCUCAGCGCCUGUUUUCUAUCCGGCUUCGCUGGGAUUUACUUUGAAAAAAUUUUAAAAGGCUCCGACAUUUCCGUCUGGAUGCGAAAUGUCCAGUUGAGUCUACUUUCCCUGCCUUUUGGCCUCUUCACCUGCCUUUUAAACGACGGCCAAAUCAUCAAAAAUCGCGGAUUUUUCGUUGGCUACGACUGGUUCGUUAAUUAUCUGGUGCUUUUGCAAGCUUGCGGCGGAUUAAUUGUCGCGAUGGUCGUCAAACACGCGGACAAUAUUCUCAAAGGCUUUGCCACUUCUCUGGCAAUUGUUAUUUCCUGCAUUGCCUCGAUUUAUUUGUUCAGUUUUCAGCUCACUUUCCAGUUUAGUCUCGGUGCGGCUCUCGUUAUUUGCUCGAUUUUUAUGUACGGCCAUCAGCCGAAAAUUCCGCCGAGCGAUAAGCAUUCACUGCUGGAAAAAGUAUGAGAUUUGUGGGACUAGAUUUUUUUUCAAAUGGGGAGAGAGAAUUUAUGUGGGGGAUAAUUUAUGAGAGGAGAUAUUGUAAUUAUUUUGUAAAGACAAGAAGAUUUUACCGCCAAUUGUACAUAUUAGUUUCGAUUUAUUACUUUUUUUUUAGUGAAAGCUCUUUUGGUGAAAACGCAUUAAGUGAAAGCUCAUCUGAGUAUUCAGAUAUUGUUUAUAAAUAUAAUUUCGUUGAUUAAUAUUCCAAAUUUUCACUUCAUAUUUUUCAGAAACAAAUUUGGUUUCUUAAAAUGUAGGCGGUGAGAAUCGAACACGCAAAUUUCUGGCUAUAAAACGAAAGCGCUACUGCCAAAAAGCAGAAAAUAAUAAUUAUUCAGGUAAUGAGGUUUCACUAAAAAAUGAUGAAGCGAAACUAAAAUUUGCAAUAACGAAAUAAUCUGAAUUUGUGAUUACCUAAUGAACGUAGCGCCUAUUUUUGAAAGUAUUUUUAAAAUCGACUCAGUUUUUUAACUUUAGAGAGUGGUUGUGACGAAAUAUCUAUAAUAAUGUGAAUGAAUUUUAGAGAGUGGAGAGAAUAUUUUUAUACUAGGAAAAUUCUCAAACGAAAGCCACUGAUAUAUUUAAGAGAAAGAAUAUGGAUUUUGUAUUCUUGUGUACUUAACUCAAUUUUCUGCGA